AGCAUUACAACAACAAUAAAAUAUAAAUAAAAAAACAUUAUCAGCUUCUUGACCGCCAUGCCUAAUGGAAUUAAGACGAAAUGUUUUGUUGCUGCGCUGUAAAGAAGAUGCCAUUCAAUGCUGCUGCUUUUGCUGCUGUUUUAUGGCUCCCAUCAACUGCAGAGCGUCCAACAGCCAGACAUGAUAGUGCCAUCAUUGCCGCAGGCAUCCACCACACCAGCAUCUUUGACGACUUCAGUUGCUUCAGAGUAAAUUUAUAAUUUUAUAUUAAAAUAACAAAUAUUGAAUUUAGCCAACGCCAAGAUUUUAUUGGUUGACAUCGGACAACAAGAGAUGAUGUUGAUGGGAACAAGAAGAAGAAAACAAACUAUUCGCUUAUAAAUAUGCACUGUAAGUUGGAUAAUGUCAUCAUUCGCUAGUCUGCGCUUGUCGUGAUAUCAAAUCCAAAAGUUUUGGAAUACCUCAACAAGUCGUAACAAUGAAAUUCUUUUUGAUUGCUGUCUGUGCCAUCGCCAUGGUUUCGGCUGAUGUGUCGCAUGUUGUCGGCAAUGGCUAUAAUUACGACAAACCAUCUCCUGUAUUUGAUGUGCCAGCUGCUGCUCCACAAUACUCUGCCCCUGCUCCAGCUCCUCAAUAUUCUGCUGCUGCUUCGGCUCCUCAAUACUCUGCACCUGCUCCUCAAUACUCUGCACCUGCUCCUCAAUACUCAGCUCCUGCUGCUGCUGCACCAUCAAGCGAAUACUUGCCCCCACAACAACAACAACAAUCAUACUCUGCACCAGCUCCAGCUCCUCAAUAUUCUGCCCCAGCACCUCAGUAUUCUGCUCCAGCUCCAGCUCCCCAGUACUCCGCUCCAGCUCCCGAAUACUCCGCUCCAGCUGCUGCUCCUUCAAAUGAGUACUUGCCACCCCAACAAUCUUUCUCGAGCUCUGCUUCAGGUUCUCAAUACUCCGCACCAGCUCCCCAAUACUCUGCCCCCGCUCCAGCCCCUCAAUACUCCGCCCCCGCUGCUGCUCCUUCCAAUGAGUACUUGCCUCCUCAACAAUCCUUCUCUGCUCCAGCUCCUCAAUACUCUGCCCCCGCUGCUGCUGCUCCUCAAUACUCUGCCCCAGCUGCUGCUGCUCCUCAAUACUCUGCCCCAGCUGCUGCUCCCUCCAAUGAGUACUUGCCUCCUCAACAAUCGUUCUCUGCCCCAGCUCCUCAAUACUCUGCCCCUGCUGCUGCUGCUCCACAAUACUCUGCUCCAGCUCCUCAAUACUCUGCCCCAGCUGCUGCUGCCCCAUCCAGCGAAUACUUGCCUCCCCAACAACAAUCAGCCCCAGCUCCACAAUACUCUGCCCCAGCUCCACAAUACUCUGCCCCAGCUCCACAAUACUCUGCCCCAGCUCCACAAUACUCUGCCCCAGUUGCCGCUCCUGCACCACAAUACUCAGCUCCCGCAGCUGCUGCUCCCUCUAGCGAAUAUUUGCCUCCCCAACAGCAAGGAUCUUCCUCCUCCGGCUCCAGUGGCUAUAACUACGAUGCUCCUCUCAAGCGUUUCCGUUUCUAAAUUAAUCGGCUGAGAUGGGAAGUUUAGUUUUGUGUGCCUGAAACAGCAACACAAAAUCACACAACUUGCUUGUUAAAUUAACAAGUUCGUUGCACACACACACAUACACAUGCGAUUUUAAUUGUUUCAUAACGUUGUUUUUU